UAGAUACAUUUUCUGUGAAAGCUCUGCCAUCAGCCGGGAUAAUUCCUUUGCUACAAAUGUUUUGUCCUAAUAAAACAACUAAUUCUCAUGGCUUUCCAAUUUUUCCUGAAUCAAAGACUGAAGAACUUCUAAGCAAUCUGAUGAUAAUCAUAAAGCAUGCCGAUAAUAAUAAUGGCAGAUUAUCUGCUCUUCUUGAUGAAGAUUAUGACUAUGAUAUUGAUUACGAAGAAAUGAUUAACGAGUUGACUAAUGACAAUGCAACUUUUAGACCUUCUAUUUCAGAUUUUAUUUUCAAAGAUAUUCUUCGAGAUCCAAAUAGUUUUCGAGGUUUUUUGAUAAACAAUAUGUCCUUGCCUAUAAACAUGACAGAUGAAUUACUAAAUGCUCACAUUAAAGGAACAAAGGUCAUGGAAAUGUUAAAUGCUGGAAUGUAUGCCCAGGACUCUGAAAAAUAUCAAAAAAGGAUGAGCAACUUACCACGCAGUUUGUUCUUUCAUGGUUUGUCUGAUCCAGGUUUUUUGACAAAUCCAGAAAAUGUUGGAAAUAUUGUUGCCCAUUCAAUGUUUGGUGAUGAUAAUCAAAACAUCUCCAAGAUAUUAUUUAGCAAAUUCUACAGCAGUGAAAAACUACAUGAAAUAACUUGCUCAAACACAACAUUUUCAGCUCUAGUUCAAACAAAUGGGACAGCAAAACAGCAGGAGUUACUGAGAGAGCGACUUUGCCAUUUGUCAGACCGACAAGAUGAGAAACUGUCAUACGUACUAAAUGAACAACUUGAUAGACAUGCUGUUUACAACAAGCUUGCGGAAGGUUAUACGACUUCAGAUAAAACACAGUCCUUUCAAGAAAAGUACGGCGAUUCUAUAAUGUCUUUAAACAAGAAUAUAAAGGCGUUACGAGAAAAUGAAGAGGUGUUGAACGCAGCUGUUGCAAUAGCAGAACUUCUACAAAUAAGAAACACUUCACAAUUGGAAUUUAGCGAAAAGGAUAUGAGAGAAAAUGAAAAUGUCCGUCUUGCAAAAAAAAUCUGGAAGGUUAUCAGUCCCGUGUUAUGUGGUCCAGAUCCAACAUUCUAUGAAAAAGAUUCCUGUCCUGAAUCUAUCUAUACUCAUUUUUCAAACUCUCGAGCGCUAAUUACAAUGCUUUACAUUAUGACCAAUAAUCCAAUCAUCGCUUACUCUCCAAAAGGAACAGAAGCUGACGCUGUUGUGAAAAGGGCAAACUGGACGUUUCAAGCAGUUGCAGACAGCAUAGAUGCGGGUCACUGGUGGCUCAAAUAUUCACGAAAAGUACAAAAUAUUAUUAGCCGUCUAAGAUUUCGCUCGAGACUCGAUAACACUAAGAACCUUUUUAAUCUGGUAAAGAAAAACCAAGCAAAGGAUGCAUUAGAUCAAAAGGGAUUGUUUGAGUACGAUCGCUCUUUGAUUGACAACUUUGAUGUUAACGCAACAUUAGAGAGAUUGAAAUUUGCUGACUUUGUCGUUAAUGCUUGGUUGGAUAAGAUAGGAGAGAUCAGACUUGAUGUUUUCCUUGGUUUCAAAACUUCUGAUGAUUUGAAGAAUUUUGUCAAGAAUAAAAGCUCUUAUCCCGAAUAUAAUGGCCGCAAAGUCAUAGCAGGUAUUGUAUUUAACAAUACCAAUGAAGAUGGCUCUUUACCUGCACACGUAGAGUACGCAAUACGGAUGAAUAGUACCUUCACUAAAGACACAAAUAAGAUAAAAAGCAAUUUCUGGCAGCCUGGACCCGAAUGUGAUUUUCAGCAAUAUUAUUUCUUUGGAUUUGAUUGGUUCCAAGAUUUGUUUGAUCGUGCCAUCAUAGAUCAACUCGUCAACGGAAGUGAUAGUCUUUCCCCGGCCACGUAUUUACAGGAAAUCCCAUAUCCGUGUUAUAUGAGUGACAGUUUUAUGUUUGUGAUCAAACAUAUGGUACCACUAUGCAUGGUUAUAUCGUGGAUAUACACGGUGUCUUAUACUGUCCAAAGUAUCGUUUAUGAAAAAGAGCUGCGUUUAAAGGAGUUCAUGAAGAUGAUGGGAUUGAGUAAUUUCAUACAUUGGAUUGCUUGGUUUAUCAACAGUUUAAUUAGUAUAUCCGUCACUGUUGCAUUGCUCACUUUAAUAUUGAAGUAUGGUAAGAUUUUAACGUACAGUAAUCCGUUUCUCGUCUGGCUAUUUCUAAUGGAGUUUGCUGUGGCUACAAUCAUGUUCUGUUUUUUGAUCUCCGUGUUUUUCUCGAAAGCAAAAAUGGCAGCUGCAUGUGCUGGUAUUCUCUAUUUUCUUACCUACAUGCCUUUUGUGUUCAUCUCCAUACGCGAGAACGCUGCUGCUGCUAAAAUCAGUGGGCUCACCAAACGAUUCGCCAGUUUGUUCUCCACAACUGCAUUUGGUUUGGCAUCCAGAUAUUUCGCUUUGUAUGAAGAGCAAUCAGUAGGAGUCCAAUGGUCCAAUAUUGAUGAAAGUCCAUUGGCGGGCGACGACUUUAACAUCCGUCAGAUAUUUUACAUGUUGCUUGUUGACACUUUUGUUUAUGCUGUAUUGGUUUGGUACAUUGAAGCUGUACACCCUGGAUCAUAUGGUCUUCCCAGACCUUGGUACUUUCCUCUACAGACAUCUUAUUGGUUUGGUCACAACACCAGAUCAUGUCCAAAAUUCUCACGUAGUUAUAUGAUGGUAAAUGACGAAGACAACCUCCACGGUGCAUCUGGAUUAUUAGCCUGCGAAAAGGAUCCCGUGGACCUGCCUCUGGGUGUGGUCAUCGAUGGAUUGGUGAAGAUGUACAAGUCUAGUUCCAAACGAGCUGUGAACAAUUUGCAUUUGAACCUAUACGAAGGUCAAAUCACAUCUUUUCUUGGUCAUAAUGGUGCAGGCAAAACCACGACAAUGUCUUUGCUGACUGGUCUUUUCCCUCCCAGUCAAGGCACAGCUUUCAUAUACGGCAAUGAUAUACGUUAUGAUAUGGAUGAUAUAAGGAAAAGUCUUGGAUUUUGUCCACAGCACAAUGUUCUGUUUGAUAGGUUAACUGUUCAGGAGCAUUUGUGGUUUUACGCCAGUUUGAAAGGAAUGGAUUCUAAUUCAUUGUGGGAAGAAGUAGAUAGAUUGUUAGUGGACCUGGAUUUGCCCAGUAAACGUCAUAGUUUAGUGAAUACUCUUUCUGGUGGCGUGAAACGAAAGUUGUCAAUUGCUGUUGCAUUUAUUGCCAAGUCACGUAUGGUUAUAUUGGACGAACCGACUGCUGGAGUAGAUACUUAUGCUCGCAGGGCAAUCUGGGAUUUAUUAAACAAGUAUAAGAAAGAUCGUACUAUAUUGUUGUCGACACAUUUCAUGGAUGAAGCAGAUAUUCUUGGUGAUAGAAUAGCGAUUAUAUCAGAGGGAAGACUUCGUUGUGUUGGUUCAUCGAUGUUCUUGAAAAGUCGUUUUGGUGAUGGUUACAACUUGACAUUAGUUAAGAAAUCUACUACUGGAAGUUUACAAGACUCUUUCUCAAACACUCCUCGUGGUUCGUCCUCUAAUUUGGGGGCGAACGCACCUAAUAACACUCCUCUUGCCAGUACACCUCCAAUGAGAACUCCAGAACGGAUACCUUCGACAUCUUCUGUCCAGGGUAGCCCUUCACAAAGUGAAAGCUUGCUUUCAUCAAGUUUAGGUAAUAAUCCUCGUGCGUUUGGACACUCUCCUGUGUCCAAGCUGUGCAAGCAAUCUCCAAGAGGUAGUACCUUAUCCAUAGCUGAAGCAAACACAGAAAACGUGACAUCAUUCAUCCAAAGCUACAUUCCUUCUGCGAAAUUGACUCAAGAGAAUCGCCAUCAACUCUCUUAUAUAUUACCCAAUAGUGUCGUGAAACGUGAUGGAUUCGGAAAUUUCUUUUUUCAUCUGGAGAAAGAUUUGGAAUCUCUCGGCUUGAAAAGCUUUGGAGUGACUGAAACUCCUCUCGAAGAGGUUUUCCUUAAAGUCACAGACUUAUCUUUACGAGACGAUGAAACUGACUCGCUUUCCGAAAGUCGAGAUAACGAAAGUGACAUUGCUUGUGAAACGACCAUAAUGUAUGGUCACGAGAACAAGGUAACCAAUGCCAGCAACAAUGAUGUAGAACUAAUAGACAUUGCAGGACAUGAUGGGAUGGGUGAGGAUGACUCUUUAUUAAACGUAGAACAUGGAGAAUCAUCGAGAAAUAGUUCUGAUUCACGAGAAAAAAGUCAACCUAUAUCAAUUCCUGGAAGGACUUGCCCUAAAGUAAACAUUCAUAGAAAUGGUGUAUGUAGCAACGGUAUCCAUGCAAAUCACGUGAAUAACGAUGGGCUUAACAGAGAGGCAGAAGGACGGGGUUCGGGUAGUCACACCAUCAGUGGACUUUUAUUGUAUUGCCAUCAAUUUCAUGCUCUCAUUUUGAAACGUUUCUAUCAAGCAAGACGAAAUCUCAAAGGUCUUCUAUCGCAGAUAUUUCUACCUUCAUUUUUUAUCACUAUCGCUAUGGUAUUCGCAUUAUCGGCUCCAAAACUCGAAGACUCUCCACGUUUGCCUUUAAAUACGAAUAUGUUUGAUCGACCUAACUACGUGCCUCAUACCAAUGUAAACUCGAGCAAUUCACUUGCAGUUGAUAUGGAGUCCACACUAAAACUUCCAUCAGGUAUUGGUAGUUUUUGUGUCGUCAACAAUACGUCAGAAAACCUGAAAAAAUGGAGUUAUGAUUGUCAUAAGGAUGCUGUGGUCAACUACGAAGAAAUUCGUGAUAUAUUCAACAAAGAAUGUCGCCAAAGGGAUUAUUCUGGAGUUCGACUGUGUCAAAAUGGUACGAUUAAGAAGAGCAGUGCUGAUCGCGGAAAGCAAAACGCUACUGGAGCAAAAUGUUAUUGCUCCAAUUACAGACUUGAAUAUAUCUGUCCAUUUGAGAUGUUACUUCCAUCCUCUAAGGAGAUACUGACUGCAACUCACGAUACAUUACGGAAUAUAACUGGUCGAGAUGUUAGCAAAUAUUUAUUAUCUACCACUCAAGCUACUCGUAUGGCUAGAUAUGGUGGUUUGGUGUUUGGUGAGUCGGUUCCAAGUAUUCCUGCUUCCCUUAGUAAUUUCACUUGCAAGAAUAUCAACUGUGACUCCUUUAAACGACUAGGCGUCAAAGAAGCUGUCAAGGCUUUGUACAAUAACAAGGGUUAUCACUCCCAACCUGUAUUUCUCAAUGCAAUGGACAACGCUGUUCUUAGACAUUAUUUACCUCAUAAUGGAGAUAACAGAGGCGCUUAUGGCAUCAGCGUCGCGAAUUAUCCGUUUGAAAAAACUGGUUAUGCACUCUCUUUGGAAUACAGGCGUUCUGGAACAAAUGUUGUGAUUGCCAUCUUUGUAAUAGUUGCAAUGUCCUUUGUUCCUGCAAGUUUUGUCGUGUUUCUUGUCACAGAACGUUCGACUGGUGCAAAGCACCUUCAAUUUGUCUGUGGUCUCAACCCCAUCAUAUAUUGGCUUUCAAAUUACGUCUGGGACAUGUGUAACUAUUUGAUACCAGCCGCUGUUUGUGUCACUAUACUGUAUUUGUUUCAAGUUCCAUCUUACGCAUCGCCAUCGAAUUUUCCUGUCGUUGUUGCUCUCUUUGUUUUGUAUGGGUGGUCUAUAACACCGUUGAUGUAUCCUCCAACAUUUGUGUUUAAAGUUCCGAGUAGCGCUUACGUGGCAAUGAUAGUCGCCAAUCUUUUUCUUGGUGUCACUACGACUGUCUCGACAUCAAUUUUGCAAUUCUUUAUCGAUGAUGAUGUUCUUACUAAUAUUAACGAUUAUCUUGGCUGGAUAUCACUUCUUUUUCCAAACUACUGUCUUGGACGAGGCUUAAUGGACUUAGGUUAUAAUGAAAUACACAACGAUUUUAAAAGAAGAAUAGGUCAACUGUAUGACAUUCAAUCAUCUUGGUCGGUCGUUUCACGGAAUCUUUACUUUAUGGCUGCAGAAGGCUUUGUUUUUUUUGUUUUGACAUUAGUUGUUGAGCACUUAUCAAAACGGCUCAGAAAACCAAAAAAUAUGAAAUAUUCAUUGCGCAAAACUGAUGAGGACGAAGUGGAAGAUGAAGAUGUGGCUGAAGAACGUGAAAGAGUGACGUCAGGUGAUGCUGACGAUGAUAUGAUCUGUCUGAAAGAUUUAACCAAGGUGUAUUUUUCAAAGAGAACUGGCAACCAUUUGGCUGUUGAUCGUUUAUGUCUUGGUAUACAACAAGGGGAGUGUUUUGGUCUACUUGGCGUUAAUGGUGCUGGGAAAACAUCAACAUUUAAAAUGUUAACUGGUGAUACGUCUAUUACAAGUGGAGAUGCAUUUCUCAACUAUCAUAGUGUGUGUGAUAAUAUUUUGGAUGUGCAUCGUUGUAUUGGAUACUGUCCUCAGUUUGAUGCUUUGAUUGAUGAAAUGACUGUAACUGAACAUCUUAAGAUGUAUGCAAGAAUACGUGGCGUUCCAAAAAAAGAACUGUCUCAGGUUGUAAACUGGGCUAUCGGUAAGUUGUGUUUAAAGAAGUUUGCUGAUAAACCAUCCAAGACCUUAAGUGGCGGAAUGAAGAGAAAAUUGUCAACGGCGAUUGCUUUAAUUGGAGAUCCAUCCAUUAUUUUCUUGGAUGAACCGACCACCGGCAUGGACCCAAAAGCGCGAAGGUUCUUGUGGGAUACCGUUUUAAGUAUUGUCAAAGACGGUCGAUCUGUUGUUCUGACAUCACAUAGCAUGGAAGAAUGUGAAGCCUUGUGCACAAGACUAGCAAUCAUGGUGAAUGGACAACUCAAAUGCCUGGGAAGUAGCCAACAUCUUAAGAACAGGUUUGGCAGUGGUUAUAUGAUAACUUUAAGAAUAAAGGGAGAGAACCCAGAUCUCAAAAAAGUAACGAGUUUCUUUGAGUAUAAUAUGCCAAAUAUUUCCUUAAAGGAGAAACAUCGUAAUAUGAUAGAGUAUCAUCUUCCAUCAAAUGUAUUAAAACUUUCAAAAGUUUUUUCACUCAUCGAAAAUCAUCUGGAUGAGUUAGAAAUUGAAGAUUAUUCAGUGAGUCAAACGACCCUUGAUAAUGUUUUUAUAAAUUUUGCAAGACAGCAAACAGAUGAAGUAAAAUUAAAUGACAACCAGUCUUCUGUACAACCUAAAACAUCGCGUGCCUGGCGUAAAUUGCGUUUAAGACUGGGGCGAUUGACUUCCGGACGACGUGAAAUGAGUUAUGAUGACGCAGUUCGAUUUUCAUCGGUAGAUGCUGUGGAUGAUAUUAAUGGCGAUAACUAUCAAGUUACAUUCUCAGAUAAUUCUCGCUUGUCAUUUACUCCUGGGGUAAAUGCUUGACAAACCAGAUGAAGCAAAGGGAAGCUAUUGUUGAAAUUUAUUAUAAGAAAAUUUUCAUGUCGUUAUUGUGAGAUAAUUUUAUGAUUAAAUUAUUAUUGUAAAUGAACAUAUAUGUCGCUAGAGGUAGAUUAUUUUUUUGGGGGGAAAUUAGCUGAGGUUUUUGUUGUUUAGCUCUUAAAUAACGCUGAUGUCACGUGCAACUCGGAGGAAACUAUUAGCAUGUUGACUGGACGAAGUCCUUUAUGAUAAUCUCAUAUAUAGAUAGAUAUUAUAAUUUUGAAAGGUUCUCAAACCGGCUGUUUAUUUGUUAUCUAUAAUUUUGUGAAUAUUUACGUCUAUUUCAAAAUGUUUUGUCAAAGAAGUAUUUUCUCGGAAUAAAAGUGAACAUGUUUUUAGGGAA